GCUAGCCAACUAUUUGUUGUUGAUUACCUCCUCGCAUUCUUGGUUAUGGUGCUCUGCCAAUGUGUCGUAACAUUGCGAGUAUGGCAUUUAUUCCAUCGGAGCUACUUCAUUAGAUGGCUUGCGGCCGCUGUUUUCAUCGGUUCUGUGAUAGGAACUGCAUUUGUCGGCGGCGUCAGUUUUUACGACGUCAAGAAUGCCUACGAGAUCGCCACCUCAUCUGCGAAUUCGAACAGGAGUCCUCCAGUGAUAUUCACAAUCUACUUGCCAUCCUUGAUCGUUCAUACGGUCAUGUUUUCAUUGACCAUGUAUCGCUUUAGCGCCAGCUCAAGAGCUUUGCAAGAACACGGAAUUAUUCACCGGUUUUUAAAAGAAGGGAUGUUUAUGUAUGCAUUCGCUGCCGCAACGCUACUAUACGAAAUCAUCAGCCUUUCCAUGACUGGAGACACAUCUGUAAACUCACAGUUAAUAUUCUCCAGAUUGGCAGUAGGAACAACAGUCGUCUCCGUCUGUCGCGCGAUGCUGAGCAUUCGCUCGUUGGCUGCAACCUACCAUGUCGAUCCUGCAUGGUUGCUUAACCAUGCAGAACUUAGCCGUGUUCAAUGGAGGAGGGGAGUCAGUGAAGGGGAAAUCUAUGUCGAAGUCGAUGAGCUGGACGUUUUUCCUCCCAGUCACUGA